GCUCAUAGCAUAACAAAACUGAAAACCCCACACAUUCUAAACAUCCACCACCGCUACCUCCAAUUUCCCUCCAUAAGCAAUCAGUCUCUAGACUCUCUACACUGUGACUGUUAUAUUUUGCUCUCUCAAGAAUCGAUCUCUGCAAUCUCCAUGUCCAAGAUGUUGAAGCCUUUCUCGCUCCUUUCACGAAAGAAACCAGCCACUCGACCUUUCAAAGACUACUACUUGGACUGGUUCAACACCCUCAAGAACCACCUUAUUCCGCUCCUCGACCGCUCUCUCUCCUCCUCAGCCCCAGCUCCGCUUCUCUCAUCCUACGUUCACCUCCUGCUACACCACAUCCUCUCCUUCUAUGACGCCCUGGACGCCGCCGCCACUCCGGACUCUAUUCCCCACCUCCUUUUCCCUUCCUGGCGAACCCCAAUUGAAACCCCCUUUCUCGUUCUCGGUGACCUCCAUCCCUACCUCUUCACCAAUCUCCUUCGCUCCUUCCUUGACGAUCAAAGCGACGAUGAAGUUACACAAUCCGAUGUCGAAAAUGAAGAAAGGAGCCAACUUUAUGAUGUGGGUGAUCUUGAUUUCGAUCUUGAACGGCCGUGGCAGGUUGCGAUGGCAUGGAAAGACGUGUCAAAGAAUUUGAUGACCCAGAUUGAGCAGAUUGAGUGCGGGGUAAGGCUAAUGGUGCCAGCUCUUUUGGAUAGAGCGAGGAAGGCCCAGACUGGUUUUGUGCGGAGGGUCGCUGAGGCUUGGGUGGAUAACGAGGGGAAGAAGGAAAGAGUGGUGGGGGUGGGGGAGGCUGUGAAGAUGGAGAUGGAGGAGAUGGUUGUUGUUUUUGCGGAUGCGAAUAGGUUAAGAAAGAGUGUUAUCACGGAGAUUGUUGGUGCGUUGGAUGUGUUUCAAGGAGCUCUGUUUCUUGAAGGUUUAGCCCAAUUUCUUGUUGGGUUUAGGGACCCUGAUUUGCUUAGUGAAUUUGAGAAGUGCAAGACUCCAAUCAAUAAGCAAGCUCGCUUGGCACUUUGAACCUUCUGUCCUAUUUAUGUUUUUCAAGUUCUUUGGAUGUGUUCGAGGAUUGAAUGGUAGAGUGUUUUGUUUCUGGGUCUUGAAGUUUGAAGGUUUUCAUAGUAGUCCAAGGGCAUUACCUAGUUGAUGAUUCAAGAUAGCUGUAUUGCAAUCAUCCGGUGUCUUUUCAUGGGGCAUGAACUCUUCAUUCCAAAACUUUCCUGGUAAGGGAGAGAGCAAGUUAUGUUCUUUUGAAGUUACUAAAGGGUCGUAGUAUAUGAUACUAUAGAAGAUGAUGCUUUGUUUGUGGGGAAUCAACAAAUUGCAAUACAUUGAAGCCACUGGGUCUUGUCAAUUCACACAGCUUUCAAUACUUAUUUGUUUGUAGAGUUUUGGUGAUAAAACCUUGGUGAUUUUCACAACUAUGGCCAUCGAUUGUGCUUCCUUUUCUGCUUGUACCAUUCUAUGGGUUACUGUAGGAGCGAAGAAGACUGAUUUCUGAGGGAUAUAGCCAUAUAGGUAGUAGGAGUUGCAUAGAAGUAGUGGUGCAAUAUCAAACUGUAUAACCAAACAAUUUAUUUAGGAGGAUCACAGGUUCAAUGGACUGCCCAUUUGUUAGUAGCUGGAAUACUCAUUCCUAUUUUGUCCAUUCAUCAUGUGGUACCUGGGCUGUGGCUAAUGCCUUAUAAAUGCUGUUUUGUUUCAUCUCACAUUAAUUCAUACUUACAGUUUUUGUUUGUUGGGCCGUCAUGUUGUACCUUAGCUUGUCUGCUUGGGAGAUGGAUUCAGGUGGGUUGGGAGGUGUUGCAUAGUAUUGGGUUCCCCAUCUUUGCCCAACACCCCAACAUAUAAUUGGCAAACAGAGAUUUGUGAUGAAUCCUUCCUAAUCUAACACCUCCUGAAAUCAGCUGCCAAAGAUUGCUUGCAGGAACCAAGGAUUGCGUUCCACAUCGGUCCUUGUGAUCAAGUGUCGACGUGUCAGUCGUGCAGAAAAUGAUUGGGAUCAGGUGUCGACGUGUAAGUCGUGCAGAAAAUAGUAUCAACAGGCUGUAUAAGAAAAAUUGUGCCACAUCAUCAAUUGGUUUAAUCCCCACCAGACUCGUUGAUGAACUUGAAGACAGAAGAUAGAAUUUCCGAUGUUCAAAUGAGAUAGAAAUGUAUUGGCUAACUGGUGUAAUCACACAAGUUCCACAUUAAUUGCCAUCUAU